AUGCAGACGAAGGGAAAGAAAAGCGGAUGCAUCCAAGCAGUUCAAGCGAAAAUUGCGAACCACUGGACAGUGGUACGGAAACCUUGCUCACCGGAGCAGUACGAUGCCGAAGAAUGGCUCUUUACCUUCUAUUCGGGCAAAGACCGGUACUACUCGGCACACUGUCUGCGCUUCUCGCGAUGGUACCUCUUUUGGGCGAGUUUUGUGGUGCAGUUCUGUAUUGGCUCCCUCUACUCGUGGUCAGUGUUCAACCAUCCCAUUGAUAGCCAUAUUUACGACGAUGCGGCGGCUGGCUGUGCUGUAAACGCGUUUUACAUUGCAGUUGGCACUUUUGGCACAACCACCGCCAUCAUGGGCCCUUGGAUUGAGCGCAAUGGUCCACGCUACGGUGUCGUGCUUGGCACUUCUUUCUUUCUAGCGGGCCAUAUAAUUGUGGCUAUCGGUCUCGCAUUUAAGCAUAUUGGUGCAGUUUUUGUAGGGUACGGACUGUUUUGCGGCUUUGGCAUGGGUCUUUGCUAUAUCGCGCCAGUAUCGGCACUGCAGAAGUGGUUCCCGGAUUACCGUGGCACAGCAGCAGGCUUUGCUGUCGCAGGGUACGGCGCCGGAGCUGUGGUAUGGGCAAAAGUCUAUCGGCCGUGUAUUGAAGCCGUUGGCGUUUCCUCUACUUUCCUCGUCGUGGGUUCUGUAAUGGCUGGUGCGAUGUAUUUGUGUGCUAUCGUACUGCGCACGCCUCACCUCGAGUUCACGGUUGGCGGGAUCAACAUUCACGGCGAAAUCGUCGAUGAAGCCGAAAUGAAGACGGAUAUGAUGGAGCUGAAGGAUGGCUACGAGUCUGCUGUGUCCGAGAAUGAUAUCGAUUUCAUCAUCACCACGAACGCCCAAGUUCGCAAGUUAUCGCUUGUCAAUGCUAUAAAGACCGUCGAUUUCCUCUGCAUGUACCUCACGUUCUUUGCAAACCAAAUCUACGGACUGGUCGUAUUGUCCAAGCUAUCAAACAUGUGCACGGAUAUCUUCGGCCGAUCGGGCGAUGAAGCGGCCAACAUCGUGUCAAUCAACGGCGUUUUCAACUGCUUCGGUAGACUGUUUUUCUCGCUGGCCUCGGAUCUCGUUGCUCGGCACUGCAACAUUGAGCACUCGUUUGCGCGCAAGUGCGUCUUCUACACGACGUUGAUCCUGCAGGCAGUCAUUGUGGGCACAACCCCGACAUUGAUCCGCACAAACCAGUACACGGCGUUUGUGGCGGAAAUAUUUCUACUGACGGCGUGUUAUGGCGGAGGGUUCGGAACCAUCCCUGCGUUCCUAACCGACAUGUUUGGCGCUUUCAAUAUCGGGGCGAUGCACGGAUUAAUCCUGACCGCAUGGUCGAUUGGCGGCGUCGUCGGCGGUAUCACAUUUAACAAUGCUUACAGCAGCAAUAUUGCUGCCGGAGUCUCCAUCAGCGAGGCUUACAUUUCAACGGUGGUCGACAUCUUCGUCAUCAUAAUCGCAGGCUUGGUUGUGCUGUUUUUUGUCCGGACGAACCCGAUGGACCGUUUUGAGCCGGGGUACCACUUCAGCAUAUUUGGCAGACGAAUCAUUAGCAUGAAGGGCAAAGAGCAGCCUCUGCAAAAGGAUGCAUUGCUCCAGAUCAUCUGA